AUGCUGAUGGGCGCCUGUAGAGGCCCACCAGCACCAGCCCCCCGUCAUGGUACCAAACUUAAUGUUGGCACCACCGGUGUCAUUGCAUUGAUGCUGUUGAUCUUCUCAUCAUCAUCAUCAUCAUCAUCAUGGGUGCUAUUGGCGUCCGGUGCUCCUCCUGUAGACACCACCACCACCACCACCACGACGCAAGCCCUGCUGAGAUUCAAAAGCUCAUUGGCUUACGUCAACGUUUUUGACACCUGGCAUCCCUCCGUCGCUCCUUCCCCGUGUGCAGGGAACUACGCAACGUGGCGGGGCGUGCUCUGCUCUAACGGCGUCGUUUGGGGUCUGCAGCUCGAAAACCUCAGGCUUACGGGACAGAUCGACGUGGAUGCGCUGGUUCCCUUGCGUUCCUUACGCACCAUCAGUUUGAUGAACAACAGCUUUGAGGGUCCGAUGCCCGAAUGGAAGAAACUCGGCGCCCUCAAGUCGCUCUUCUUGUCCAACAACCAUUUCUCUGGACAGAUCCCCCCGGAUGCUUUCAAUGGCAUGGCUUCUUUGAAGAAAGUUUAUCUGGCAAAUAACAGGUUUACGGGCAAUAUUCCCGCGACGCUGGCCACCCCUAGGCUUUUAGAACUGAGGCUGGAGAACAACCAAUUUACAGGGCCCAUUCCAGAUCUCAAGCCAGGCAUCAAGGCGCUUAACGUGUCUAACAACCAACUCCAGGGUUCGAUACCAUCUAGUCUAGCCAAAAUGGAUCCAAGCUCCUUCGCAGGAAACAAGGGUGUGUGCGGACCACCUCUAGCGAUAUCAUGCAAUUCUCCCUCUCCUCUCCCCGACCGGAAACCUUCUCCAACUUCGGCACCAUCUGCAGAUAGCGCCGAUCCUGCCCCUCCUCAGGUAACCGGCGAGAAAGCUUCGUCGGUUUCCAGAACCGUUAUUGUUGCCCUGGCCAUUUUGGUGGCCUUGGUUGGUAUUGCGGUGCUUCUCGCCAUAUAUAGACGUAGUAAGAAAGAGACGCCGAGGCUUGGGAAAGCGGUAACAUCGCCGUCAUCAUCAGAAAAACAUAGCAAAAGUAAUGGUAGUAAUGGCGGCAGUAAGGGCAUGACGCAGGCGGGAGCGCCGGAACCCUAUAAUAAACAGACUGCUGCGGCGGCAGGCGCUGCUGAUAAUCAGAUGGCCAGCGUUGGCGGUAAUGCCGUCACUUCGAGAAAGGCAAAGGCCGAGGCAAGCAAGCUGUCAUUUGUGAGAGAGGACCGGCAAAAAUUCGAUUUGCAGGACCUGCUGAGAGCGUCCGCGGAAGUUUUAGGGAGCGGCAACUUCGGAUCUUCAUACAAGGCUGUACUUAUGGAUGGGCAAGCGGUUGUUGUGAAACGAUUUAAGCAAAUGAGCAACGUCGGGAAAGAAGAUUUUCACGAGCACAUGAGAAGGCUGGGGAGACUCGUCCACCCUAAUUUGUUGCCCCUUGUGGCAUAUUACUACAGAAAAGAGGAGAAGCUGUUGGUGUUUGAUUACAUGCAAAAUGGCAACUUGGCCAGUCAUCUUCACGGUAACCAUUCUGCGGAGCAGCCAGCUCUCGACUGGCCAACUCGGUUGAAAAUUGUGAAAGGAGUCGCAAGAGGAUUGGCUUAUCUUCACCAUGAGCUUCCUAGCGUGAGCUUAGCUCAUGGUCACCUGAAGUCUUCCAACGUGGUGUUGGAUAAGACCUUCCAGCCCCUCUUGAUGGACUACGCUCUAGUGCCGGUGGUUAACCCUGAGCAAGUUCAACACCUACUAGUGGCCUACAAAUCUCCAGAAUACGUACAACACGGCCGCACCACCAGGAAAACGGACGUUUGGAAUCUUGGAGUUCUGAUUUUAGAGAUCCUCACCAGCAACUUUCCCGCAAACUACAUCGCUCAAGGCACGGGAGUAUCAUCCUCCUCCUAUUCUUAUAAAUCAUCCGAAGUAGCGGGAUGGAUAAAUUCUAUAAAGGCAGCCGAAGAUCAUCAGCAGGAAGCUGGUCAUCAAGCCUACUUCGACAGAGAAAUGGGUGACACCGACAACAGUGCAGGAGAGAUGUGGAAGCUUUUAAGGAUCGGAGUUGGUUGUUGCGAAGAGGACGCGGAAACCAGGUGGGAUUUGAAGGAGGCUGUUGAAAAGAUUGAAGAUGUUAAGGAGAGGGAUGGGAUGGAAUUUGAUGGAUGAAUUGAGGCUGGUACCAAAAUGGUAUCUGCUCUUGCGAGACGUACUUUUGACUUAAUAUUCCUCGACUAAUAAACAAAAUUCCAAACACGAUAGUACUCCAUAUAUUUUUUUUUUUUCUAGCUAGGGAAUUAAAAAUUCAGCUCGUUGCAAUUGAUUUGUUUUGGCUCUCUUUUCUAGGUUUUUCA